AUGUUCGUGCUACCGUCGGCUUCCCGGGCGCUUAUCGCCGAGGCGCACGAGCUGCCCUAUCUGCUGUUGCUUCCGUCCAUUAUCGCAGCUUGGCCAGUGAGCACGAUGACCUCGAUUGAGCGACUCAGGAUUGACCCUCCCCUCAUCAAUAGUUCUUGUCCAUGGGCCUCGGAGAAGGACCAAUUACAGGGUCUGUUCGAUUGUCCACAUAUAGGCGCCGUCACUACGCGGACCGCGACGCUGCUAGGCUUCCCGGAGAAUGAUGAGCAUGGCGUAGUGUUCACGCGAGACAGGCUCUCAUCGCAGAACUCGUAUGGAUACUCGCCCCACCCACUUGCGUGGUACGUCGAUGUGGUCAAGUCAAUCCUGGCCGCCGCACCGUCAGGAUCGAAGAAGCCGUUCAUCCUGAGCAUAACAACCUCAUCCCCCGGCACGCUUGAUACCAUGCUCGGCAUGAUCCAAGCUCUCCGCGCCGAUCUGCGCGACUCUGAGGGUAGCAAUUCACUCAUCGCCGUCGAACUCAAUACGAGUUGUCCGAACAUCCGAGGCGCACCACCACCCGCAUAUACGCCGAGCACAUUGAAGCCUCUCCUGCAGGUCUUGGCUCGACACUAUGAGAAAGACCCCACCUUGACGAUCGGCCUGAAGCUCGCGCCGUACACCUAUCAAACCCAGUUCGACGCGCUGGUUGAUCUACUGGAGUCUCUCGUCCAGGCCGGCGCCAACGGUCGAACCAGCCCCAUCGCGUUCCUCACGUCGACCAAUACGCUCGGACAAACGUUGCUCUUCGAUGAUCAGACGACGCGAGAGCUAUCUCCGAGCACGUUUGGCAAGGGGCCGGGAGAAGGCGCCACACAGCUUGCGCUUCCUACACCGCUCGGUGGCCUGGCCGGAGAAAGCAUCCAUGCACUAUCCUUGGGGAAUGUGUACUCGUUUCGAAGAUUGUUGGACGCUCAUCAGGACGCUGCGUUACGGGAUAUUCAGAUCAUCGGUGUGGGAGGGGUUACGUCGCGCGAAGCGCUUGCGCGGAUGCGUGUUGCGGGUGCGAGCGUCGUUGCUUGUGCAACGUUCUUGGGUAGAGAGGGCCUGCGUGCUUUUGAAAUACUAUCUUCGUAG